AUGCCCCGUCUCAGCUCCAAGGUGACGAAGCGUACAGUGCUAUCCGUCAUAGCGCAAAUAUUCGAUCCGUUGGGGUUGGUCGGACCGGCCACGGUCAAGGCUAAGUUACUUCUACAACGGCUGUGGCAACUCAACCUAGAUUGGGACGAAUCAUUGCCUCAGGAUCUACAUCAUAAAUGGAUUGCAUACGUCGCAGAAUUGGGAUCCCUCAAUGACAUCGUCGUCCCUCGAGUGAUCAUUUGUUCUAACCCUGAACUCGUAGAGUUGCAUGGGUUUUCAGAUGCAUCGGAAGGCGCUUAUGGCGCUUGUGUUUAUCUGCGAUCAAUCAACAGAGAGGGUGUCGUCACCAUCCGCUUGAUUUGUGCAAAAUCAAAGGUGGCCCCACUCAAGACUAUCUGCAUCCCACGCCUGGAAUUAUGUGGAGCUUUGUUGCUGUCGAACUUAGCGAAAUCGGUGUCACAAGCGCUUACCAUACCAUUAACGAACAGAUAUUAUUGGUGUGACUCUACAAUCGUACUGGCAUGGAUCCGUGGAGAGCCUCACCUUCGAAAAACUUUCGUAGCUAAUCGACUGACUGAAAUUCAGCAGAUGACGGAUCAAGAACAAUGGCAUUAUGUCAAGUCAGAACACAACCCGGCAGAUGUAAUUUCGCGGGGAAUCAGCCCCAAGCAGCUAAAGGACUUACAUCUUUGGUGGCACGGGCCCGAGUGGUUAGUGCAUCCCGAAGAAUAUCUCCAGCAGCCUAUUCCAACGCCCGCAGGUACGGAUCUCGAAACCAAACGAUGCACGGUGUUAGCCACUCAAACCAUUGAGGCAAGCCGGGUUUUGGAGCGGUACUCAUCUUUAUCAAGGCUUAAACGAGUCAUCGCAUAUUGUUUGCGGUGGAGAAACAAUCACAAGUUUGCGAACGAACGGCAUAACGGUCCGCUGACGGUGAGCGAGCUCGAUCAGGCAAUGGCCACUAUCCUCCGACGAGUACAGCUGGAAGGAUUUAGUCGAGAAAUACAAGAUUUACGUUCUAAGGAGCGAGUUAAUCACGAUAGCUCGCUGCUCACACUGUGUCCAUUCCUAGAUGGCGACGGACUUCUUCGA